UGGGGGUGGUUUUGCAGCUCGUGAAGAGAUAGAAAGUUAACACAGAAAGUAAAAUAUCAAGAAAGAGAGAUAUUUUGUCUGGAUUUGCCUUUGGAGGGUAGAGUUGUCUAUUAGACUAUGAGAACUCUUUUGAGUUGUUAUGAAGCUAAAUGGACUCCCCGAGGCCUCUUCCUUUUUAAGAAUCAUUACACUUAUAUAGAUUAAUUUAUAAUAUACAAUAGUGUACUUGUUUUCUUUGUAUUGGUCCUAGAUUGAUUGAAGGCGUUCUCUCUAUUUGAAACCAAGAAUUUAUAGCCCAAGAACUGUUUAAAAUAGCUAAAAAGGAUGAAUGGUGUCAUUGGGCUUGAUUCAGAUGAUUCUGGGUUUGUUGAAAUUGAUCCUACUGGAAGAUAUGGAAGGUACAAUGAAAUUCUUGGUAAAGGGGGUUCAAAAACAGUUUAUAGAGCUUUUGAUGAGUAUGAAGGGAUUGAGGUAGCCUGGAACCAGGUGAAGCUUUAUGAUUUUCUGCAGAGUUCUGAAGAGCUUGAGAGGUUAUAUUGUGAAAUUCAUCUGCUCAAGACUUUAAAACACAGGAAUAUUAUGGAGUUCUACACUUCUUGGGUCGAUACUGCAAAUAGGAACAUCAAUUUUGUGACAGAGAUGUUCACCUCUGGUACUCUCAAACAGUAUAGGCUGAAACAUAAGAGGGUUAAUAUUAGAGCAGUGAAGCAUUGGUGUAGACAGAUUUUGCAGGGUCUUCUUUAUCUCCACAGCCAUGACCCUCCUAUUAUUCAUAGAGAUCUCAAAUGUGAUAACAUUUUUAUUAAUGGGAACCACGGAGAAGUGAAGAUUGGUGAUCUUGGCCUUGCAGCAAUUCUUAGGAAAUCCCACGCCGUUCAUUGUGUAGGAACACCGGAGUUCAUGGCUCCAGAGGUGUAUGCAGAGGAAUACAAUGAAUUAGUGGAUAUUUAUUCAUUCGGUAUGUGCGUCUUGGAAAUGGUGACGUUUGAAUAUCCAUAUAGCGAAUGCAUUCACCCUGCCCAGAUUUAUAAGAAAGUGGUCUCUGGAAAGAAGCCAGAUGCUCUUUACAAGGUUAAGGAUCCUGAGGUGCAUCAAUUUGUCGAGAAAUGCUUAGCUACAGUGGCCGACAGGCUAUCAGCAAGACAGCUUCUUAAUGACCCUUUCCUCCAAAUUGAUGAUUAUGACUCUGAUUUGAGGCCAUUAGAUUAUUACAGAGAUUAUGAUGAAGUCGAUCCUGGGUUAAGGAAACCGGUCUUGAGUGUUCAUCAUAGUAACAGUUCUUUAAUCAAUGAUUACUCAAAGUAUCUUGGUUAUGAGCAAGGGAAUGACUUGGAUUGCCAUUCUAUUGAAUACAAAGCAAAUGAAAUAGAUUUGUUCACGAGUCAAGAGGAUGAUCACUUGGAAAACGUAGACAUUACAAUCCAAGGGAGAAGAAAAGAAGACAAUGACAUCUUUUUAAGGCUAAGAAUUGCAGAUAAAGAAGGUCGUGUCCGAAAUAUUUAUUUUCCUUUUGACAUUGAAACUGACACGGCUUUGAGUGUCGCUGACGAAAUGGUUGCCGAGUUGGAUAUCACUGACCAAGAAGUGACUAAGAUAGCAGAGAUGAUCGACGGUGAGAUUGAUUCCUUGGUUCCAGAAUGGAAAAGGGGUGAAGAGAUUCUCGAUGCAAACAAUAGUAACUGUCAAAAUUGUGCUUCAGAUGGUUCUCUUGUCGACUAUUUAUCCUCACACGGGCUAAGCAAGAACCUCCAAGUUCUUCAAUGUUCGAAGCACGGAUGUGGUGAAGUACAUGGACGGUUUGAAGAGAUCACGUACCAGUUUGAGACGCCCGAGGAAUGUGUUACAGAAGGUGCUCCAGUGGCGUCGAGCCAGACUAAUGGCAUGCACUAUACUGACAUAUGGGCGCAACACGAGGGCCCUGAAUUAACUUCUGGUGAUAAUGAUAAAUAUGAAACUGUUGACCAAUCAAGGAAGGACGACAGAACUACAAGGAUUGACAAGGAGAAGUCCUCCAGUGGGAGAAGUUCCCCAACUAAAAAUUCUUCGACUCUGGCAGAAGAUUAUGAGAACGAGAUAAGGCAGGAGCUGAGGUGGCUCAAGGCCAAGUAUCAGAUGCAGUUGAGAGAGCUUAGAGAUCAACAACUUAGGGUCUUGUCAAAUUCUUCUACUUCUGAUUCUAGCACCCCGAAAGAAGAGAAGUGUGAUGUUCUAAAAUCUUUUGCAUCCAGGAAACAUUUUAGUACAUUCAACUCCAUCAAUGGCAAAACAAACCGUACAAAUCAGAAGGUUCACGAUUGCGAGUCUGCAUAUAAUUCUUGUUGUCCAGAUCAUAUGAUCCCUGCCAAAAGUUUCUAUUCUGGUUCAAUUCACAGGGCCACUUCGCUACCAGUUGAUGCUACAGAUAUCUAAAUUUUUGCUUUUGCUCCAUGGUGGGAGUUCCACUUGCUGCUUGUAGAGUCUCAACUUCAAGCAAAAGUCAAUUCCACUAGAGUUGAAAUGAUGUACGUUUCUAACUUUGUGGCGGAAAAGUAAUGGACAGUAGAAUCAAUUAAAGAAAGAAACUGAGAAGUUAAAAUCUUCUUGUUAUCUGUCAUUCAAUAAUUCAUAUCAGACGUGCCCUUAAUGCGCCAAAUUUAUAUUAGUCAUUACAAAUCAAGUCUUUGAAGUUAUCUUUU